AUGGAUAUUCGUGGAAUCGUCAAUAAUAUUCCACAACACAAACCAAUUCGUAGCAAUUCAGUGAUUAGUCAACCUGAAGCUUGGUCAAAAUCCGAUGUUGCAAUAUCAGCUUCGGACAGAUAUACACAAUCACAAGCAGCUACAAUGAGUUCUACUAAGCAACCAGAAGCUGUCGUUAUUGAUUCUCUACCACAGCCAUUUAAUCCACUACAAGCAUUGACGGUGAUCACACAACAACUGAUUUCGUCUGCAUCAAUAAAUUCACCGUCUGCUUCGAUAUAUCCGUAUCAUGUAUCGUCACAUGUUUCGUUCUCACAACAUCAGAUUUCAACAAAUUCAUAUUCGAAAUCAACAAAAGAUGUGUCACCACUAGCAGAACCAUCGCUCACACCGUUACCAAUGAUGUCACAUACAUCCCUAUUAGCCACGAAAAUUCAUCAAUUACAAGAAGAAUUAAAACAACUAAAACAAGAAAAUUUAAUGAAUAAAAACAACAAAAUACAAAAACUGCUCGAUUAA